UCUCGCGUUCCUGCCAAGACAAGUGUGUUUUUCCUCCUGGCUCCAUUCAGUUCACUUAAGUACAAUAAACGCUUUUCUGUUACUAACGAAAAAGGUAUUUAAUUAUAAAAUCCCAUAGCUAUGGGGUUCAUUGCUCCAUUUAUUCGACCAAGAGUGGGACGUCAGAGCAAUAUGCCGAAAAGUGAACUGGAGCAAGAUGAUGAGGAAGAUUGUGAUAAGUCAGAUGAUGAAUCCGUUAAAAAUGUUCAUGAGAAUGGGAAUUCUGAGAUUCAGAUUGAUGCCGAGAAGGAGAUUGAGACUGAGAAUAACAAUUCUGAGAAUACAGAAUCAGUAGAACGCAAGACAGGUUAUGAUGAAUCAUCAUGUAGCAGUGAAUCACUUCGUCAAACGCAAAAAACAAGAAGAAUACUGGAUUCAGGAACAUUCUACCCGUCUGACAACGAAGAUUCUAAUAACAGUGGAAAUUUCAAUGAAUACAUUGAUUUUGAUGACGGUUUGGACGCUUCUGGAAGUCAACUUUACAAGGAUUCCCCCCUAUCUUCUUCAAGCAUUAUCUUAGAAAACAUUGAAGUGAAAAAGGCUACAAACAAUUCAGCUUCAGGAACAGCCUCUUCCAAUAAGAAGUCAGCAGAUGCAUCCAAAGACAAUCCUUCAAAUAGAAAACAUGAUUAUAAGGAAACGUCUUCAGAAACGUCAUCUACAAACAAGUCAGCAUCAAAAAGCAAGAAAGGAAAGAACACAAUGCAAGAUCUAGAUUCCAAAAUUGCAUUUUUAGGAGACUCAAUGAAAUCUCUUGUGGAAAGCAAGCCAACUCUUGGGAAGCAACCGGAUCUUGACGACAAUAAAAAAGACUGGUACAGUUAUGCCGCCAAUUUUGGAAUUCGUGUUGCUGCCAUCAAAUGUGAAGAUGCGCGUGACCAGAUCAGAUUGGGCAUGGAAAAUAUAUAAACAACUUACAAAAAGUGGAAACCAACUGAUAAAUAAUAUUGAUUCAAAGUUUUAUUGGUUUGAAAUAUAAACUAAUCCUGAUAUGCAUUUCUGUCAUCCAUGACACAUUUUUUUAAUACAACAAACUCAUCAUCGCUGA